CAAAAAACCAAAUCCAGGAAAAGAAGCACCACGGGAACCAGAAACACCAUUCCGGGAACCGGAAACCCGGAACCCAAACUUUAGCUUGCUUUCAUAAUGCUUGCCAUUCCUUAUUAUGGGUUCUGGAUCGGUCAACGUCGAUUCUCAGUUGCUCCAAGUGAUGAGGUGAACAUGCUGGAGGAUAGCGCGCAUAUUCGUCCAGCAUCCAAAAACAGCCAUCAAGGUGAUGAGAGGUCAGACGUCAGUGUCCCUCCUGGAGUCCCUCACGAGCCUUCAGAGUUAGAGAUUGAGAUCGUGGCCCAUCAGGAUCAUGGAGAGCAUGAAGGGCAUGCAACUCGUCAUCCAGGCCGAAACUCAGAACAUCACAACUCUGGUGCACUGGAACGGCGCCGGCCACACGAGCUCAACUCGGAUGAUUCUGAGACUGAGACCGAUGAUGUCCAACAGGAUGAUGACGCUGAUGCUUUCCGCAGGACAAAGAUGGCCAAGGCCAUGAUGAAGUUGAACAUGACGAGCGACAUUCGAAAGGCAGCUCAAGAUGUGCGAGAGGAAGCACGAAAGGCGGCGCUGGAGAUCAGCCAGCAGCCAAUCGAGACGCCGAAGCUCUCUGUGGCAGAGUAUGCAAUCAACCUUGCGAAAGCUGCUGACGUGCCACUCGAAGAGGCGGAGAGGCUGGUUGAGAUGAUGAGGCUGUUGAGCAUGUUGAGCGAACGAUUUCUGCCGUUUGUUUAUCAGACGCUUCUGGACAUGCUGUCUUUGCCACUUGGUGACCAACAGCUGGCGCUCAAGAUGCUCUCUUUGGGUCAUGUGGAUGCUGCUUCACCCAUGCGCUCGAAAGGCGACGGUGCCAAGAGCCUCGGGAUUGCCAGCCUUUUAGCAACUCAAAUUUUGGCCAUGAAAGAAGAAGCCGGUCUAUGGGAUGAAUGCAACCUCCAGAACGCCUUCUUACAAAAUUUGGAGAAGGACCAGGACACUGAAAGACACGGUGACCUCGAGGUACCGGAGGUGCCAGAAGACGAUGAUCAUGGUAAGUUCCAGCGGGUUGCGCGGGGUGCGCAGCCUUCCAUUAGAGAGCAGAAGAGACAAGCGGAUCAGGCGAUGGAUGCUCAGAAGGGGACGCCCUACAUUUUGGCCCAGCCGGCCAGGGAACAACGCAGGGUCCGGUUGUCGUCAAGCGACAUUGAGACAGAACCUGCGCUGGAGCUCCUCAUUCAACGUACCUCCCCUGCAGCGCCUGGAAGCAGCGGGUCUCACAGACCAGAUGGGACCACCUCGCACCUCGUACCAGCCUCAAAAGACGUCUCCAACCAGCACCUGGUAGCUGCUGCACGACGCCGUCAGCAAUUGCGACAAGACAAGGGCUUCGAGGCUGAGUUGGACCACCGGCGGCCAGAGGAGCUGCAGCGACGGCCAGACGGGAUGAUGGCGUUCGCUCGUGGUGGCCGAGAUGCAGCGCAGGCACAGAAACCGCUGCAGCUCAUGGGAGUCAACUUGACUCAGCCGACCUCGCCGGCCGCGCCGCCUCCCCCGAGCUCAACGUCGGGGCGCGUGUCCGAGCUCACGCAGCUGGCAGUCCAAGCCGCUUUGGAGAAACUGGAGGAGGAACAACCUACUUCCCCGAAGAAGGAGAACAUGACACGCUCCAAGGC